AUGGCUGCUGCUCCGGCAGCAGGCCGAUUGUCUGGACGUGGCUUUCGCAUCUGUCCGUCCUGUAUCACACGAUGCCUUCGCCAAUCCUCUCGGACGCACAGCACCUUGAAAUCUGUUCUCCAGGCAAACAGGAAGCUCCACAGUGGCAUAAUUCCAACCGAAAAGGCCUCCAGAAGUGCAGUUGCUCAUUCGCAGAGCUUCGUGGACGAUUAUUUCUCUGCCAACGCCUCAAUUGAGAGAGGAUGGAUCAAGAGUGGGAUGCUGGCUGCGGUCCGCACAGUCGCGGAGCCUGCAGGACGAAGGGACAAUGACAUACCUCCCGAAGCUACACGGACUCGAGCACAGGGAGAACUGGAGAAGGCCUUGUCAUUCAAGGAGGAGCCUCCGAGUGCAGUGAACCCGAGCCCUCCAAAAGGCCCAGAAGUGAGCCAAGCUGUGCAGGAUGGUGAACCAGAGACAGAGGUGUUGCCGCACAGAAGGCGGAAGCGACGGAAGAGCAACCAGGACACAUCAGAGGAGUCUCUUCCCUUGGACGCUUCAUCCCAAUUGACGACUGCGGCGACCUUGAUGCCAAAGUCAGCCGUCUUCCGACGAAAGCUGGCAACGUACCUCUCGUUGACCAAACCACGACUGUCAUUCCUGAUUCUGCUCACGACCACCUCGGCUUACAGUUUGUAUCCGCUCCCAGAAAUUCUCUCCUCCGCAUCCUCGGAGGUGACUUCGUCACUUUCAACGUCAACAUUGACUUGGCUCUUCCUCACUUCGGGCACUUUUUUGUCGUGUGCCUGUGCUAACACCCUCAACAUGCUUUUUGAACCAAAAUAUGAUGCCCUCAUGUCUCGAACUCGAAAUCGGCCUCUUGUAAGGAAGCUGGUCUCUCCACGGGCUGCCGCCGUGUUUGCCUUCAUUUGCGGGGCGUCUGGCCUGCUUCUUCUCGGCCUAGGGACCAAUCCGACGGUGGCGGGCCUAUCCGCUCUCAAUAUCUUCCUCUACGCUGGAGUUUACACUCCAAUGAAGCGGAUCUCCGCGGCAAAUACGUGGGUCGGGGCGAUUGUGGGCGGCAUUCCCCCUUUAAUGGGCUGGUGCGCUGCUGCGGGCGAGGCUGCAACAUCCGAACACCAUUCAUGGCGAGAUCUGCUUUUUUCCGAGAGCUCGAUAGGCGGCUGGGCCUUAGCCGCCCUCCUUUUUGCGUGGCAGUUCCCUCAUUUUAUGUCUUUGUCUCACACUAUUCGAGAAGACUAUCGAAAUGCUGGCCACAAAAUGCUGGCCUGGACGAAUCCUGCUCGAAAUGGACGUGUUGCUCUACGAUACUCUCUAGCUAUGUUCCCUAUAUGCGGACUCCUUUAUUUCACGGGGUGUGUGGACAAGGGCUUCCUGGUCAUCAGUACGGCAUGCAACGUCUGGAUGACUAGAGAGGCGUUCCGCUUUUGGAGACAGCAAGGAGCUGGAGGAAGUGCUAGAGGACUUUUCUGGGCGAGCGUCUGGCAUCUCCCACUGGUAUUGGUUGGAGCUCUCGUGUGCAAGAAAGGAUUAUGGGACGGUUUUUUCAACACUAACGAACCCACCAGCGUGUACGAAGAGGGCGAUCUCGAAGCCGAUGGUGAUCCCCUUGGAAUGGACCUCUCAAAACCCCGACAAAGGCCGCAACCGCCCGAUAUUAAUCUGGCUAUGAUGGGAUUUAAAAGGCCAACUUGA